AUGCUACACCGCACGCUCUGGCUUAGCGUGCUCUCCCUAUCUGCUUUUCAUGUGCUCUCUUCUCCAGUCGCUAGUUCGAGAUUCGAGCAAGGCCAGGUGGCCAUAACAGCCCAGCCGUCGCGCAAAUACGAGAAUGGAGAGCUCCCGCCAGAAGAGAACACUCCUGGAUGGGCUGACCCUCGCUUGCGUGGAGGUCGUCUCCUCGACGUGCGUCCGCCUGUUCUUCUCAUUCUCCCAAGCUACCCCUCAUUGCUUUUCCCGCUACAGUUCACUAUCGGGCACCUCGGCGAACCGCUCAAUGUGAUCAUCUCCGGCCUAUCUGACCCCUUUGUGCUCACCGAGGCGGGGCUGCACGCCUACGCCAAGUCUAUCGGGUACUCGGAGGAGUGUCUCGGACUGCACUACGGUAACAUCCACGCUGCGGACCUCGGCGACGGGCUCGGGCGCAAGCCAGAGCAGUAUCUCGCGCGCCAGUACUACUUCCCCGUCAUGGGAACUUGCUGGGAGAGCGUGCGUGGGGGACAUCACUUUCGUGCGUGGAAGCAGAACGGGACCGAGGCGGAUAGCGGGGCAUGGUUUAUUGGGGCAUCGUUGGAGAAGGACUCUUCAAAGCAUCAUCAAAUUUCUCGGGAUGGGUAUAAUCGCGGACGUGACUUUCUGGUCGAGCAAGCGACAGCAGGGAGCUACCGGAACAGCAUGUGGUGGCAGGCAGACGUGGAGUGGCGCGAGGGUCUCUUGGAGAAAGGGAACCGAAACGUGAAUCACGACAUUGAACAGGACGGGCGUGUCGCCAUCCUUACAGUGCGGCGACUAUAA